AAAAAAAAAAGAAAAAUCUUCUUUCACAUUAUCUUCCUCCCUCAUUCUGGUUGUGGUUCUCCAUCGUCCUCCCAUCCCGCCCCAUCUCCCCUAUCCCAUCGUGCACAGGAUCAAUGUACAUACAUCCAUACCAGUAGAAACCAAGCGGAUAAAGAGCACGGGAAACAAAUAGAAACCCCACGUCUCCAGUCUCCACCCAAUCCUAACACCGCCCACCUUAUCUCCCCACUGUUUCAUUACGGCUGGGGCAUGUGCCUUUCUCCUUUGGCCCUAGAGAUUCGAAUCCCUUUACGCCAUGGACUCCAAGGCCCCUGUCCCCAUUUCCGCGGCACUUGGAACCCCCUCCCCUUCUCCCUCGGCGCCGAUAUCUCUCUUGGGCUCCCUUCCUCCCAUCCGCGCCCCGCUCUCCUCCGAAGAGAACGACACAGACUCCUCCCUCUCCUCCGACGCCGCCGAGGACGACGAAUACGCCACCGCCUCCGAUCCCGACGAGGGGGCCGCCGAUCCCACCGCCGCACCGGCUGCAGCCGUGUAUAAAGGCGCCACCUUGACGAGGACGGCGUCGAUGCCGGUCGCUCAGCUCACCGCCGAUGAUGACGCCGAGGAGGAGGUGUUCGAGGAGGGCGUCGGCGAUGAAGAGGAGGACGCGGACGGGUCCUCCGCCGCCGCUAGGGUUUUUCCUCCCGAUCAAAACCCUGGCUUGGCCGAUGAAGAUGCUGUCGUAACUGGCGAGGGGGAUAAGCCGCUAUUUAAGACCCAAGGAAACCCUAAGCCGGCGGAGAGUUCUAAAGGCGGGGUUUUGGGUGUUGAGAGGAAACAUGCUUUACCUGAAAACCAGCUGGAAAACCCGAUCAAGUAUGGAGAUUUUGCGGCUGAACUCAAGUAUGGAGAUUUUGCGGCUGAACCCACCGGUUCCUUUGGUUCGGAUCAGCAAGAUGAGAAACUGGAAACAGGGCUGGAAGAAGUCUCAAGCCCGUCUAUCGAAGAAGCAGUGCGGUCGAAGCCUGCCGAGGCUCAGCCAGAUGUUGCUAUGGUAGAGAAGGAUGGAGUGAUCGAUACUGCUGGUGCGAAAGAAAACCUUGAAAGGGCAGAAGAAUUGAAGCCUGAAGCACCCGAACCUGAUGCUGAGGAGGUGAAAAUCAGUACUGCUGAUGGCGCCGGUUCCAAGCAAAAUCCUGAAAGGGUAAGUCGUCCUCCUGCCAAACCCCUUGAGCAUGAGUCAUCUGAGUCCAGCGUCGGUGUCGAUGAUGACGAGAAGAGGGAGGAUUUGAACGGGGGCUCUGUCGCUGUGAAUUCUGAGUUAGCUCAGGCUUCUGCGGAGAAGGUUGAUGGCGGGAAUCAUCGUGAUGCUAUUGCUGCUGUUGGCAAGGUUGAGAAAUAUGAUGUUUUGGAUAAAAGCUCCGAACCUAUGCAUCCUAAGGUAGCUGAGGACUCUGAUGCUAAGCUCAGUACCGAGAAUGAUGGUGAGGCUGUCAGCAAAAGUGCUUAUCUGAAUGAUGAAACCGCGGAUGAGAAUGUGGUCACAGAAUCGAAACAAGCUGCAAAUGAUUCUGAGUUAGAACCCAAUGAGCCUGGGCCACAAUUGGCCGCAGAUUCUGGUGAUUUGAUAGCAGCAGACGAGGUGAAUACAUUGCCUAUCCUUGCUGAAGAUUCUAUCAGCAGGGAGAAAACUGGUGAAAGCCUCUUAUCAAGUUCAGUUUCGGACCAAGAAGUGAAACCUAGUGCUGAUGGCUCUCAAGUGGCAGAUGGCAAAGAAUACAUGGAACAGAAUGAAGAGGAGGAAGAAGAGGAAAGCAUGGUUUCUGAUGGACCAGCAAGGGUUGCAAUCCUGGAAAGCUCUGAAACUGCGAAACAGAUCAUAAGAGAAUUGGAGGAAGGUUCUUCAAGCAGUAGUAUCCAAUCUGCUUUUGACAGUUCAAGGGAUUACUCGUGUAACAUAGAUAGACCGGUUGCCUCAAAUUCUGAUGAGGAAGUGGACACUGAUGAGGAGGGUGAUGGGAAGGAAAUUUUUGAUUCUGCUGCCUUAGCUGCACUUCUCAAAGCAGCUACUGGUUCUUCAACGGAUGAAAGCGCCAUUAUUUCUCAAGAUGCAGGUAGGAACUUCUCAGUUGACAGACCAGCAGGUUUGGGUUCCUCGGUUUCUUCUCUUAGACCUGCUCCUCCCCAUUCUUCCCGCACAAGUAUAUUCAGUCCUUCAGAACUAGCAGUAGCAGCUGAACCUGAUAAUGAUAUGACUGAAGAAGAGAAGAAGUUGCAUGAGAAGGUUGAGCUGAUAAGGGUGAAGUUCCUCCGCCUUGUUCAAAGACUGGGACAUUCUCCUGAAGAUGCGGUGGCUGCACAAGUGCUUUACCGUCUAACCCUUGCAGAGGGAAUUAGACGUGGAAGGCAAACAAGCCAAGCUUUUAGCCUUGAGAAUGCAAGAAAGAAGGCUAUGCAGCUUGAAGCUGAGGGGAAAGAGGAUCUGGACUUCUCUUGUAACAUUCUAGUAAUUGGGAAGACUGGAGUGGGCAAGAGUGCCACCAUAAAUUCUAUUUUUGGUGUAGAGAAGUCACAAACCAAUGCAUUUGAACCGGCAACAGCUUUUGUAAAGGAGAUUGUUGGAACUGUUGAUGGGGUUAAAAUUCGUAUUAUAGACACUCCAGGGCUCAGAGCUUCUGUCAUGGACCAAUCAUCAAAUAGAAGGAUCCUUUCAUCCAUAAAGAAGCACACAAAGAAAUGUCCACCUGAUAUUGUUUUAUAUGUAGAUCGCAUGGAUACCCAAACACGGGAUCUUAAUGAUUUGCCUCUGUUGAGAACCACUACUAGCAUUUUCGGUUCAUCCAUAUGGUUUAAUGCUAUUGUUGCUCUCACACAUGCAGCUUCUGCUCCUCCAGAUGGGCCUAAUGGCUCUCCCUUGAGCUACGAGGUGUUCAUAGCUCAGAGAUCACAUGUUAUUCAACAAUCCAUCCGGCAAGCAGCAGGGGAUAUGCGCCUGAUGAAUCCAGUGGCUCUUGUUGAGAACCACCCAUCUUGCAGAAGGAACAGAGAGGGGCAAAGGGUGCUUCCCAAUGGCCUAAGUUGGAGGCCUCAGAUGCUGCUCUUGUGUUACUCCUCAAAGAUCCUAUCUGAAGCUAAUUCUCUUUUGAAGCUUCAAGAUCCUUCUCCUGGAAAGCUAUUUGGAUUCCGGUUUCGUUCACCACCACUUCCUUACUUGUUAUCUUCACUCUUGCAGUCUAGAGCACACCCAAAGCUAUCCACUGAUCAGGGGGGUGACAAUGGAGAUUCUGAUGUUGACUUGGAUGACUUGUCAGAUGCCGAUCAAGAUGAAGAAGAAGAUGAAUAUGAUCAGCUCCCACCGUUUAAACCCCUUAGGAAAUCUCAGAUUGCAAAGCUCACCAAGGAGCAAAAGAGGGCCUAUUUUGAUGAGUAUGAUUACCGAGUCAAGCUUCUUCAAAAGAAACAAUGGAAUGAGGAGCUUAGAAGAUUGAAGGAGUUGAAGAAGAGAGGGAAGGUUGGUCAGGAUGCUUUUGGUUAUGGUGAGAUGGUUGAAGAAUAUGAUCAAGAAAAUGCUCCUGCAUCUGUACCAGUUCCAUUGCCUGAUAUGGUAUUGCCACCUUCUUUUGACUGUGAUAGUCCUACUUACAGAUACCGCUUCCUGGAGCCAACUUCACAGCUUUUGGCUAGGCCUGUUUUGGAUAUGCAUGGUUGGGAUCAUGAUUGUGGCUAUGAUGGUGUUAGCCUUGAAGAGAGCCUAGCUGUUGCUGGUAAAUUUCCUGCUGCAGUAUCUGUUCAAGUCACCAAGGAUAAGAAGGAGUUCAGCAUCCAUUUGGAUUCAUCAAUUUCAGCCAAGCAUGGGGAGAAUUGUUCCACACUUGCUGGGUUUGACAUCCAGACUGUUGGGAAACAGCUCGCCUACAUUCUCCGUGGUGAAACCAAAUUCAAGAAUUUGAAGAAGAACAAGACUGCUGCAGGAAUGUCCAUUACUUUCCUGGGGGAAACUGUAGCAACUGGUGUGAAGAUCGAGGAUCAGCUUUCUAUUGGGAAGAGGGUUAGUCUGGUUGCAAGCACUGGUGCUAUCCAUUCACAAGGUGACAUGGCAUAUGGAGCCAAUUUGGAGGCACGCCUCAGGGACAAAGACUAUCCAAUUGGCCAAGUGCUUUCAACCUUGGGAUUGUCGCUCAUCAGAUGGCGUAGUGACUUGGCUUUGGGAGCAAAUUUGCAGUCUCAGUUCUCAGUUGGGAGGAAUUCAAAGAUGGCAGUUCGUGUUGGCCUGAAUAACAAGUUGAGUGGGCAGAUCACAGUCAGGACAACCACCUCAGAGCAACUUCAGAUUGCACUACUUGGUAUCCUUCCUGUUGCUGUCUCUAUUCUUAGGAGUUUGCGACCUGAUGGAAAGUCAAUGAUUUUAUGAAGUCCUGGAACACAAAUGGUAGAACUGAGAUCGAAUUCGGACAGGUUGCAAAACUACUUAUUGAAAUGCAUGGCACCUUAACUAAAGGUAAGAAAUAGGAGAUGGUUUCAUCAUAUAUCAAGAGCUGAUCACGGUUGUCCUCAGCUCUUACGAGUCUGAGUUGGUCUUCUUAGAUUGGGAGGUAACCCAACAUUGAUAAAUAUUAAGCUUGUAAAAGAUGGAAGAAACAAAAUAAUUUCCGAAGGAUGCUCUGUCUAAUUGGAAGUGCCCCAGCAACAAAUUAUGGAGAGAUGAUCCUA